AUGGAGGACAAGUGUUUUGACAUCAGUGCCAGUGAAAAAACGAAACGGGAUAUGUUCGCCGUUGAAACCUAUCAGGGAAUUGGGCUGCUCAGCCACACCAGGAAGCUGCACGAAAUGGUGCUGCACAAAAGUCUGGGGCUGGAGGUCGAUGUCAUCGCGAAUCAAUCUGCCUGGCUUUUUGUCAGGCCGCUCAACUACUGA